CUCUUUCCCGUCGACAAUGCAGAGCUUCAGAAAGCCCCUGGGCUCCGCCCUGCGCCUGGCCUCGCGCCCCUACAGCAGCGCCUCGUCCCCCUACCUGACCACAAACACAAACCUCCGCAUCAACGACCAGACCAAGGUCCUCUUCCAGGGUUUCACCGGCAAGCAGGGAACUUUCCACGCCCAGCAGGCCAUCGAGUACGGCACCAACGUUGUUGGUGGUACCAACCCCAAGAAGGCCGGAGAGACACACUUGGGCAAGCCCGUCUUCGCGACCGUCGCCGACGCCGUCAAGGAGACUGGCGCUACCGCCUCGGCCAUCUUCGUCCCUCCCCCCGUUGCCGCAAAGGGUAUCGAGGAGGCCAUCGAGGCCGAGAUUCCUCUCGUUGUCUGUAUCACCGAGGGUAUCCCCCAGCACGACAUGGUCCGCAUCACCGACAUCCUCAAGACCCAGGGCAAGACCAGACUUGUUGGCCCCAACUGCCCUGGUAUCAUCGCUCCGGGACAAUGCAAGAUCGGUAUUAUGCCUGGCUUCAUCCACAAGCGUGGUCGCAUCGGUAUCGUCUCCCGUUCCGGUACUCUCACCUACGAGGCCGUCAACCAGACCACCCAGACCGGUCUUGGUCAGUCGCUCGUCGUUGGUAUUGGUGGUGACCCCUUCUCUGGUACCAACUUCAUCGACUGCCUCAAGGUCUUCCUCGAGGACAGCGAGACUGACGGUAUCAUCAUGAUUGGCGAGAUCGGUGGUUCCGCCGAGGAGGACGCCGCCGACUUCCUGAAGGAGUACAACACUGCCAACAAGCCCGUUGUCUCCUUCAUCGCCGGUAUCUCUGCUCCUCCUGGCAGACGUAUGGGUCACGCUGGUGCCAUCGUCAGCGGUGGUAAGGGUGGUGCCGACUCCAAGAUUUCCGCUCUCGAGGCUGCUGGUGUCAUUGUCGAGCGCAGCCCUGCCUCGCUUGGUAAGACCAUGCACGCAGAGUUCAUCAAGCGCGAUUUGAUGUAAAUCCGAGCACCCACUCUGUAAUACCCACUUGAUGUUUUAGUAGGCCACAGGGGGCUAUGGUCCAAGGUUUUUGAGGGAAAGAGAGAGAGAGAGAAAGAAGACCCAUUGUGUAUAAGCCGGCGCAACUCCAGUACCCCCUCUUAGAAACCGUUUUGUUCUAGUUUUCUUAUUUUCUUCCGAUUUCAUUGUCAUGCGCGCAUGGGUUUCGGCAAGCUCUUUCUCUAUUGGGGUGGUUCUUCUUGUUGUUUCGAGAUCAAAUCUACUUGCGACAGUUUCGGAUUCGGCUGACUUGCCUUUGGCAUUGUUGAAUAUCUAUACGUGAAGAUGGUUCAUCUAUAUCUAAACUGUCGUGAAAUGCUGAGAACUUGGUCACCACUGAUAAGCCUCACAGAGCAAGCCCAGUGUUCCACCAUCGGUCUCCCUUGUGCCACCAUAAAAUACCUCCCCACCAGCACCAGAAUCCAUCGCCA